GUAUUGGGUAGAUCCGACCCGACACUAUAACCGGAUUAGUCAAGUAAAAAAUCAAGCCGGUGCCCUGAUCCUAAAUCGUCCUCUUGCCGGCGGAAAACGGUUUCUCCCGAUCAUCGUCAUGCGUACUUUAGCAGCUCAACUCACCUCCCAUUUGUGUAGAAGAAGACCAGUGAAUGUUCGAUCACGUCAGCAUUCGUCAUCGAGUUACGAACGAGGGUUUCCGGAUGAACGAGAAAUGGAAGAGGAGGCUGAGAGGAAGAUAGGGUGGCUUUUUAAACUUAUUUUUGCUGGUACUGCAACAAUUAUUGGAUACAAUAUCUUUCCUUACUUAGGUGAUAAUCUGAUUCAGCAAUCGGUGUCGCUUUUAAAUGUCAAGGAUCCCCUGUUUAAAAGGAUGGGAGCGUCUAGAUUAGCUCGCUUUGCAACCGAUGAUGAAAGAAGGAUGAAGAUUGUGGAGAUGGGUGGGGCGAAACAGCUUGUGGAGAUGUUGGAGGCUGCUAAGGAUGAUGCCACGCGUAAAGAAGCUUUGAAUGCUAUUAUUGCCAUUGCUCGUUCAGAUGAAGCUGUUGGGGCUCUGCAUAGUGCUGGAGCAGUUUCGGUCAUCAUGGCUACUCCACAAUCUACUGAGGAUGCUGAAAUCGAGAAAUUUAAGGCGAAAUUGCUUAAGAGGUUUAAAGAUAUGAAAUAUGAUCAAAAUUAAGGUACUUUUUCUUUAAUUUUCUGUUAUAAGUGAGACUAGAUAAAUUUUAAGGCUGUAUUAGUGAUCAGGUUUGGUUGACCUCAUUUCUCUACGCUUAUGUUAUCCAUGAUAUACAUUUCGCCCAAUAUAUUACUAUUAUAUUAGAAAAAAAUAGAAAAGAUCCAAUGACAAUAUCAAA